AUGUCGUCUUUACAACUCAACGAUAACUCUCUUUUUAUCACCAAGAACUAUGUCGAUGGCGAGUGGCUAGAGUCGUCCUCAGGCGCUACAUUCCCGGUGACCAACCCUGCCAACAAUGCCGUAAUUGCGCGCUGCCCCGAGUCCACUGCAGAGGACGUCCAACACGCCAUCAAGGCCGCGGAAAACGCUCUGCCAGCUUGGAAGGCCAAGUCCGGUCGCGAAAGAUCGCGAAUUCUUCGCCAGUGGUAUGACCUUGUUUUGCAAAACGAGGAUGAUCUGGCAGCUUUGAUUACCCUGGAAAAUGGCAAGGCGGCAAGCGAGGCUCACGGCGAAGUCCUCUUCACUGCAAGUUUCUUGGAGUGGUUCAGCGAAGAAGCCGCUCGUGUCUAUGGGGAUAUCAUACCUGCAACAAGCCCGGGGAACAGGAUCUCGGUGGUCAGAGAGCCAAUUGGGGUCUGCGGAAUGAUUACGCCAUGGAACUAUCCCGCGGGAAUGAUCACCCGUAAAGCCGGUGCAGCAUUGGCAGCGGGGUGUACGACUGUCAUCAAAACAGAUGGAAGGACCCCUUUGACGGGUUAUGCUUUGGCUAUUUUGGCCGAGAGGGCUGGGGUUCCCCAUGGCGUAAUCAAUAUAAUCACAGCGUUGGAGAAUACGCCCAUCAUUGGCCAGACGAUGUGCAAAUCAAACACUAUUCGGAAGAUUUCAUUCACAGGGUCCACCCGGGUAGGCAAGAUUCUGAUGGAACAAUCAGGCAGUUCCUUGCAGAAACUGAGCCUGGAGCUGGGUGGCAAUGCGCCAGUCAUCAUCUUUGACGAUUCGAACCUGGAGCUGGCCGUGGAAGGCGUCCUGACAAGUAAAUUCAAAUCCACUGGGCAAACGUGCGUCUGUGCCAAUCGGAUCUAUGUUCAAGAUGGUAUAUAUGACAAGUUUGUCGCGAGACUUGUUCAGAGGGUUCUUCGGUUCAAGGUCGGAUCCGGCUCAGACAACAGCGUGACCCAUGGACCCUUGAUCGAAGCAUCUGCCGUGGCUAAAUCAAGGGAGCAUGUAGAUGAUGCUGUCUCAAAAGGAGCGAAGGUCUUGGCUGGAGGAAAGGAAUUUAGGACAGACGCUGACCCUAAAGGCCCUAACUUCUUCGAUCCCACGAUCUUGGCGGACUGCAAUGCGUCCAUGAAACUGGCACACGAAGAGACAUUCGGUCCUGUUGCCGCACUAUUCCGCUUCUCGAGUGAGGAUGAAGUCAUUCGAGCGGCAAAUGACACCGACGUCGGGCUUGCUUCUUACGUUUUUACCAGCGACAUUUCUCGGGUACAUCGAGUAUCUGAUGCCCUGCACGUCGGAAUGGUUGCCAUCAAUACAGGCGUGAUGUCAGAUGCGCCAGCACCAUUCGGUGGUGUCAAGCAUUCCGGACUUGGUCGUGAAGGCAGUAAAUAUGGGGUGGAAGAAUACACUGAGCUGAAAACUAUUAUGAUGGGAAAUGUAUAUGGAGCUGGACGUGCCAAUAUAUAA